AUGACAACUUCUCGCAUCCUCGCCGUUUUCGGGCUCGUCUGCGUCGCCCUCUGCGUGGCUGACGCGAGCGCAGCAACGCCGCCGCCGAAGCCCACCAAGGCGCAGCUCAAGGCGGAGCUCAACAACAUGGCGACGAACAUCACGAAGCGUUACCCGCAAUACGCGAAAUACGCGAAGGACAUCAACCGCUACAUCGGCCUCGCGCUCAACUCCAAAUACGACUUCUCAGCCCUCGCGGACGCUACCAUCCUCCUCCCCAGCGACACCGAAGCCCAAGCCCUCGCUAAGAAGCUCCCCGCUAAGAGCAGCAACAUCCCCACCAUCUACAACAUCACCGCGUAUCACAUCCUCCCCCGGAAGCUCACGGUUCCUCAGCUGAGCUCACUCAAGAAGUCGCAGCCGCUGGCGACGCAACUGAAGCAAGCGAUUUACAAGGUUUCGCCGCAGAAUGGUAACUCCGUGUCGUUCGCCAAGGGGCCCAACGCGCCUGCUGCCGCGUGGACGACCAUCCAGGUCGCGCGGCUGUACGCUGGGCCUUACUUCAUCGCGCAUGGCGUGGAUAAGGCCGCAGCAGCAGCGGAGGCGGAAGCGCAGGCGGGGGAGAGCGCGGAGGGCGAGGGCAAGGGGAAGCAGCAGCGCCGGGUGGUGGUGACGGGCAUGGGCAUCGUGUCGUGUCUGAGCAUGAACGCGCACGAGUUCUACCAGAAGCUGCUGGACGGCACCAGUGGCAUCUCCGCUAUAGAGGGAUUCGAUGCCUCUGAAUUUCCCACGCGCAUCGCGGGCGAGAUCAAGGAUUUCAAGGACAAGGGCUACGUGCACCCCAAGAUGGCGCGGCGCAUGGACAAGUACAUGCGCUACCUGCUCACGGCAGGCAAGCGGGCUUUAAGGGACGCGCACAUGAGCAAGGAGGUGCAGGAGGGGUUCAACAAGCAGAAGUGCGGCGUGCUCAUUGGGUCCGCCAUGGGCGGCAUGCAGGUGUUCAACGACGCAGUGGAGGCACUCAAGGUGUCGUACCGCCGCAUGAACCCCUUCUGCAUACCCUUCGUCACCACUAACAUGGGCUCUGCCAUGCUCGCCAUGGACCUCGGCUGGAUGGGUCCCAACUACAGCAUCUCCACUGCCUGCGCCACUGCCAACUACUGCAUUCUUGCUGCUGCCCAGCACAUUCAGAGAGGCGAUGCGGACGUCAUGCUGUCAGGGGGGUCCGACGCCCCCGUCUUGCCUCUCGGACUGGGUGGAUUCGUGGCCUGCAAGGCACUCUCUAAACGCAAUGACGAGCCUGAGAGGGCCUCCCGCCCCUGGGACAAGAACCGCGAUGGCUUUGUGAUGGGAGAGGGGGCAGGCGUGCUGGUGCUGGAGGAGCUCGAGCACGCCAAGGCCCGAGGCGCCACCAUAUAUGCUGAGUUUCUGGGCGGCAGUGUGUCAUGCGACGCACACCAUAUGACCGACCCGCACCCUCAAGGCAAGGGUGUGCUGAUGUGCAUUGAGCAGGCGUUGGCGUCAUCAGGAGUGCCUCGCGAAUACGUGAACUACGUCAACGCCCACGCCACCAGCACUCUGGCAGGCGACGUGCAAGAGUACAAGGCACUCGUCGCUGCUUUCGGCAACAACCCCGUGCUGAAGAUGAAUGCAACCAAGUCCAUGAUCGGCCAUCUGCUGGGCGCGGCAGGAGGAGUGGAGGCCAUUGCUACUGUCGGGGCCAUCCACACAGGCUACCUGCACCCCAACCUCAACCUGGAAAACCUUGAGGACGGCCUGGACGAGCGCUACUUUGUGCGUGACACUAAGGAGCGCCUGGAUGUGAAUGUGGGGCUCUCCAACUCGUUUGGUUUUGGCGGGCACAACUCAUCCAUCCUCUUUGCACCGUACCACCCGGAAGGAAUCCACGCUCUAGUGGCGGAGCGCAACGCCCAAGCUUGA